GCACCCAUGGUAUUAGCCCGCGUGGCUGAAUACUUGUCCCCGUCCGACACCAUUUCACAUUAUGCUCCGACAGAGCCGGCGACACAGGAACGGGACUACCAACCAAAAAGAGCGCAGACCGAGCCAAUCAUGGAAGAAGACGACCUAGAUGCCGCCCGGCCGCCAUAUAUUCAUGUUAGUCUGGACGGCGACACAGCCAUGGAAUCAAGGUUAACUGAGUCUAGNGCAAUGCUUGCAGGAGGUCUCGGUGGUCUAAUGGGCGACAUGCUCAUGCACUCGCUUGACACGGUCAAGACUAGGCAACAAGGCGACCCUCACAUGCCGCCGAAAUACACAUCCAUGGGCUUGACCUAUCGCACCAUCUGGCGUCAGGAGGGUCUGGUACGAGGUCUCUACGGAGGCGUGACGCCUGCUUUCCUCGGAUCUUUCACAGGUACCAUGACCUUCUUUGGCGCCUACGAGUACUCCAAGCGCGCCAUGAUCGAUUACGGUGUCAAUCCUUCUGUCGCAUACUUCACCUCUGACCAUUANGGCUUCUUUGCCGACCUCGCCGCCUCGCCCUGGUACGUCCCUUCCGAGGUCCUCAAGACCAGGUUGCAACUACAGGGCCGACACAACAAUCCCUACUUCUACAGUGGCUACAACUACCAUGGUACCUGGGAUGCUUUUCGAACCAUCAUCCGUGUCGAAGGGUGGAGGGAAAUGUUCUCUGGCUAUUCUGCCACCCUGGCACGCGACCUGCCUUUUUCCGCUCUACAAUUCGCCUUCUAUGAGCAAGAGCAAAGGAUAGCAAAAGCUUGGAUGGGAAGCAAAGAUAUUGGUCUUCCAUUGGAGAUCUUCACCGGUGCAAGCGCCGGAGGUAUGGCCGGGGUCAUAACAUGUCCGCUUGAUGUGGUCAAGACACGCAUUCAAACUCAGCUGGAUCCCGAAUUUGCACACGCGCCUGCUUCUCAAGCCUCCAAGGCCGGUCCCAUAGUCAGUCCUGCCAGCACAACGCAUAGACCUACGAAGCAAGCACCUUCAAUACACGAUUCCAAGAGACCUAUUUCCACUGGAGGGCCGUCAACGGCACUGAAGAACCACGGAGCCGUCGCCCUCGAGACCGAGAACGUCAUCGCAGGCUUGAAGGUGAUUUACAAGCACGAGGGGCUUGCCGGACUUUUCAGAGGCGUGGGCCCACGUUUCGUAUGGACAAGCGUACAAAGCGGAACCAUGCUUGUCAUGUACCAGCAGCUCCUCAAAUAUUUCGAGUUACAUCCACUCGUUGCUUCGGACGAGGAUAAAUUGGCCUUGUCAUGA